GGAAGAAGGUUCAGAAGGAGACCCGAGCCUUUCGGCACGCGCAGCAAGCGUUCGAUUUAUUCGCAGUACUUGGCUGGCAGGUCGUGAGGCGCCCGCGAUGCUACAUUGCUGUCUCUAAGUGAAGCGAGCAGAAUACAGUACAAUGGUGCCAGUGGACGGCCGGACAGUUUUGCUGGUGCUCACACUUCUGGGAUGUGCCACUCAAAUUUCCUGCAAGCGGAGAAAAGCGAAAGACGUUCCAGGGCUAUGCCAACGUGGUGGCAUACGGGUGACUGAAUGCAAAUCAGCAUUUCAUACGGACGUCGAAAUGACGCACAUAGCUGCUAGGAACGCCAGGAAUACAAGGAACUCCCAAGAAAUGGAACGGACCAACUGCACGUUAUAUUCGAAAUUGGAAUGCUGCCUCGUGACGGAAUACGGCGUGCUUGGUUGUUCAGACAAGAAUGUUAUUCAAAAGGCCAUCAGUAACGCCAUCGCAAAUUAUCCCGGUUACGAGAGCUGUCCACGAGGUCUCUGUGAUCCAUCCAUGAUCAACGGUAGCGUUAGGAUUAUGCGUGACAUGGAUGAAAACCUGCACGGACGCGAGGCAGUGUCCGCGCUGAAGAAAAACCUUCAUCUACCGGGAAGAAAAGUGAAGCGGGAAGUUGUCGGUGGCUGGGAACGGGGCGUCCCAAGGACACAAAAAACUUUCGUCGAAGAGCACUUGCGAAACGGCAAACACAAAAAGAACAGAAAAGGAAAGAAGGGCCACAAGAAGAGCAAGAAGCAAGACUCCAAGCCGACGAACUCUCCUCAAGCGGCUCCCGUAGAAAGUGACGUUAGCAAGGAGGUUAGUAAGGAAGCCCAAACUGAAGUAAUGAGCGGAGACACAAAAUUACCUGCAUCGGUAGAAGUAACGCCAUCUGUCGUUAACAGAGCAGGAAACGAAGUAACCAGUGUGCAGCCGGAAAAGCACUUGGCGCCUUCGAUCCACAUAGAAGUGAAGAAAAAGCUUUCCGAUAUAGGAAAGAAUUCCAAGAAAACCCACAGGCGUAAGAAGCACCGAAAGUCUAAAACGAAAACCAGUACGGCAGCUCCGCUGCAGAAUGCAUCGUUGAACGCGUUGAGCGGCAUGAGCGCCCCUUCAUCCUCAGUACCCCUGAAUGGCACCAAGGAAGGAAAGAUCGGCGUUGCUCAAAUCAUGGAACAUUCGAGGGACUCUCAGGCAAGUGACGGAGUCUAUGGAAAAGUCCCAUUGGCUAAUGAGGGAACAGCACCGAAUGAUACGACAGCUGUAACAGUUGCCAUUGGCUCCCACGAAGAUGAGCAUACCAGUGCUGCAGGUGAAAAGUCUGCAGGCACGGAAGAGUCUGCUGUAUCAAAUGUGUCAAGUGAAUUACUUAGCGAGUCCAGUGUAGCUGGAAGCUCUCUAGGGAGCGCUGACUUGAACCGGAAGCGAAACUUGGAACAAGUUUCUUCUGAAACAAAUCCGAGCGAGGCUACUACGGCUGACACGACUGAGCUUGUGAAGAGUGAACAGUCAAGUGAAGGUCCACCAGGAAAAGAGAUAGCAUCAGUUUCAAUCAUUGGAAAAUCGGCGGACGAGGAGAUUUCGGCACCAGGUACAGCGAAACCUGUUAAAGGAAACACUGACGGACAAACUGAACUUCACGAAGAAAUACCCAGUACUUCCGGUAAUGCGAUUGGGGUCUCCGAAUCCCUAAUCAACGUGAGCCCAAAUGUGAACGCCACGUAUCGUGACGCGAACGAUAACAGUACAGACUCUACGUUGAAGGGAAGGAAGUUGGAUGAUGCAGAAGGAUCAGGGACAAAAGUGAAUGAUUCGAGUACGACACACGUAGGGCGUGAAACUGUACGCAAAGCUGACACUAGUGGCGUUGGCAAUGCUUCCGUAGUGCCUGACAUUGGUUCGGCUGGUACUGUACCUGACUUGCCUCCUUUCCAGGACGAUAAGCCGAAAGAUGAGUCCGCAGUUGUGCCUCCUACAAGCAACAACCAACCACGACAGAAUGUGGAGAUUCCUCUACCGCCAUCAAAUUCGUCGAAAGAAGUAGCUGAAAGGGCAAACCGACCUGAAGCCCCCCCCACCGAAAGCAUUCUUCCAAUUUCCUCUGACAAUUCCACGCUAGGAGCAGUAUUGUCCAAUAGUGCGGGAGUUACCGAAACCGUUGUCCCGAUAGCAAGGUAUGCAACGGACAAAGGACAAAGUGAAGUCAUUCCAAAGGGGCCGACGAAUGACAGCAAAGGAUCUCAGCCCACACAGGACGUUCUACACGACGGAAAUCAAACAAAAGAGGCUUCUUCAGCGAACGACAGACUUCCUGAAAAAUUAUCACCGAGCAUCAGCAUAUCAAUCAAUAAACCUGAGGUGCACGAAGCGCAGGAAGAUAAAUUCGUAGGUACCGGUGGAAAAUCAGGCUUGCCUCUAGGAAAUAUCGAACCAGGUGUUGUUAAACUUUCGGCGAAUGUUCCUGGGAAAGAAAAACCUGCGAUAGAUAUAAAAAAUCCACGUGAAAACGCAAGUGGGCCACUGAUCCAGGUUAAAGGACACUCUCGAGGAAGCAUCCAGAGACAAGUGGUUCGAUCCUACGAAACGGAGGGCAUGCGAGGGAGCAACAAAGUAGAGUCUUCUCUGGUGGACGAGCUGAUGGAACAGUUCGGCGACAGCGGAUCGGAGUACCCCAUGAGGAGCUACCCGAGAGAAUCUCGACGUAGGCGACCUGGCAGGUUCAGGCAGGACUCGAAGAUGAGGCGUAGGCAAUCGGACGGUGACGAGCCUUUCGAGACUGACACCACGAGAGACCCAUUCCAAGACUUGCCGAACCAAGAACCACCGCUCGAAACUCCGUCUCAUUUUAAUGGGGAGAGGGAUGGGAAAAAUGUCCUCGAUGGUAAGUUGGUCGCCCGCCAUAAAAAACUGCGGCAUCGCGAUGUGGACAAUGAUUACAGUUAUGAAGGUGCACUUCGAUGGAAGCUCCUGGAAGAACUUGACAGCAUUCUCGACCCCCGAAAUGCGCAAAGCUAUGAACAAACUAACAGUAAGCGACAAGUUUCUAGUCAAGGUGGAACCAAUGACGAUGACAUGGACGAGUGGCGUCGACGAGUCGCGCCAGUAAAAGUUCAGAUGGAGAUGCAGUCUGGUGAAAAUUUGGUCGGACCCAAAGGAAAUGCAUAUACAGGUAAUGUGAUGGAAGAGGACGAGCGAUUGGGCUACCGCAAGUAUAGGAGGCAGGGCCCUCUCGUAGGACAAGGCUACGACACCGUUGAGCGACCCAUUGUCAAGGAUCCGCUUAUUCACCAACCGAAGAAACGUUUCUGGAUAGAACGUCAGCAGGGUGAUACCACAGCUGCGCCAGUCGGCGGGCUAGAAGGUCCUCUAACGAACUCAGCUCCGGCAGCUCCUUUAGAUGGUUCAUAUGCUGCAGCGCCUGUACAAACAGGCAACGCCACCGUACAGAACAAAGAACCACAACUCCCUGUUGCUAUUCCCUCCGGAAAUAUCACUGCUGUUGAACAGCAUCCUGUGGGACCUUCGGCUGGCAAUGUGACUGCUAAUCUCAAUAUUACGGGCGUCUCUACUACUUCCAAUGUUGGGUUUUCUGUUGUAAUGGCAGGACGAGAUACUCUCUUGAGAGGAGGUGUGCCAGGUCGAAGGGCCGCAAGGGCAAGACGACUACGCGGAGGUAAGGGUGUGAAAAAAGCUAAGAAGCUCAAGGACACCGAAGGGCUCAAGAUUCUUCGAAGUGAUGAAAUGUCUGCUGACGAGGACGACGACGACGAUGAUGAUGGAGACGACGAUGACGAUGACGACGAGGACGACGAGGAUAAGGAUUCAGCACCGAAGAAAGUGACUGUACAGGCUGUCACUGCGAAAGGUGGGCAAGUGGGAAGAGUAGACGCGGCGGAGAGACCAAUGAUGAGCUUUGGAGAACGAAUGCACACGGAACCGACGAAGGGUAUUGAAACGAAGAAAGACAUCAAGUCGUCGGGUAACAUCGUAGGAAAUUCCGCAGAGUCACCAGACUGUGUACCGGAUACGUUACGGGCGCAUACAGAUUACUGCCGCGGUAUCUACACAAAACACCAGAUGUCUAUUGAAGAGGCGAAGAAGCUGCCUUCAAAGAAGACUAUGGCCUGCUAUAAACUGGAAUCCAUCAAGGGGUGCCUGUCUGCCGGAAGCUACUUCUCCAAGUGCAUCGGGUCAAACAACAACGAGUUCCAGGACCUACAAGGCUCAGUGAUGAACCAGAUGCGAGAGUUGCGAUGCAGUGCGUGUGCGGCCUACAGUUCAGUCCUUAUAACUCUGUUGGCUAUGACGGCAGUGUACGUUCUGGGCAGGAACUUUUAAGCAUAGGCGUCUAAGCAGGACUGGAUAAAUUUGUAAAUAUCGGACACAAGCAGCAAUAAAAUGUUCUGGCUGAAGCGGA